ACCUCUGCAGGGAAGGGAAGGAAAGAACAGUUCUCUUUUUGUCUGGUUUGUAGGAGGGUGUUGGAGGGUCUCUGAGACACACACAUACCUAGCCUACCAUCGCCAUCAUGAAGAUUUUUAUGGCUGCUUUCUUUGCUUCGGUACUGUUAUGCCCUGGCUGCAGCAGCAAAUGGACCACACACACUGCUUGCAAGAAUGACAAAUUGGAAUUGCUUUAUCAGAGUUGUGAUCCAUUGCAAGACCUUGGCUUCUCCAUGGACCACUGUAACAAUCCCAUAAGUAAAAAUCUCAAAAUUCGAUUUGGAGUUAUUCUAAGACAUGACAUCCAAGAGCUAUUUCUUGACAUCAAUCUCUUCUCAAUGGGAAAGUCCAUCUUGUCCUAUUCAUACCCAGUAUGUGAAGUAGACUUUCCAAAGUUUUCAUUCUGUGGAAAAAAGAAAGGAGAAAAGAUCUACUAUGCUGGAGACAUCAAUAACCAAGCCUUUCCAAUUGGCAAGGGGGAAUAUCACAUUUUACUGAGACUAUUCAAUGAAAAGAGAUUCACUAUUAUUUGUGCCAACAUCACUGCCAUCAGUUCCUGACCAGCUACCCUCCUCUCAAGCUUGAGAUCAUGACCAAAUGAGGCUGUAAAAAAAGCUCAAGUCCCUGCAAUUAGGCAAGCUAACAGAGAAACCCCAGUAUUAGUGCUGUAAGAAGCAAUUUUCCCCAGAAGCCUCAGGUACUGAUUUAAGCCCCAGGAGCAGAUGUCCCCAGAACCCUCAGGUGUAAUUAAUCCUAUAAAAUUAUCUAUCUGUUUCUAAUGAGCCUAGUAUUAGCAGUUAAGCACUCCCUGGUCCUCAUUUGCUGUUUCCUAAUUGAUCAUCAAAGACCAAAUGCUCAUCCUUUUGGAUUCCUUGGGGAUCUACCCAAGGAGUGAAAUAGAAUGAGGAAAUCUAGCCCACAGUGUUAACCUGUAGUUCAUUCAUGGAAUUUUAGUACCAUAUCAGAUUUGAAAUUUAAUUUGAUCUCCCUAAUGCCUGGUGUUAGAGCAAUGCAACCAGAUCUCAGACUAAACCUGGGGCUCUAUGGCGAUACCUAUCAUCGUUGCAAAUGAAAUCAUACCAGUAGCUCAGCUCCCACAAAAAAUGACGAUGAAUCUGAUAUCAUAGAGGUAACGAGAGCUAAGUCUGAGAUGGCACCACAGCCUGUAGAAUUUGGGAAGCGUGGCAAUAGAGGUCAUGCAGUCCAACUCCAUUUCGGAUGCAGGGAUUUUCCAGCCACCCCAUCCCCCAGGGGAGGAAACUCACUCCCUACCUCAUAGAGAGCCUGUUCCAUUUCAAGACCACUCUAGUUGUUAAUUAGGACAAUCCUAACACUGAGCUCAAAUCUGCUGACCUGUUCUUCCCACCCUUUUUUUCUAAUUCUUUCCUCAGAAGCCAAGCAGAGAGGAGAAACCUCUCAGCAUCCCUGAGCUUCCUCGAAAGUACAAGUUCUCUAAUCCUUAAAUGUUCAAAAGUCCUGUCCUAGUAGGGCAUGCAUCUAUUUACUCACCCUUGCAAACAGUACUCCUAGACCCAGAAACAAAUGAUGCAGUUCCCUUCCUCCCUCUUUCUUGAUGCUGAUUGCUCUCAUUUUUACAAAGGUUUUCUUUACAAGCUUUACAAUUUUACAAUUCUUUACAAAAUUUAAGAAUACUUCAAAAAGACCAAGAUAUAUCCAUGGGCAGUGUACUUUUUAUGAAAGAGGAAACAUCGACAGUGUUAUACUUCUCAUUGGCAAAGAUUAUUAGUAUUAUAAAAUUAACAUUAAGAAAGGAAAAAAAAAGUAUCCUCUUCCAGAAAUGCGACUGAAUAGCAUCCGUGUGUUGGCUCCCAGAGUUGAAAGAAACCCUCUGGGAAUCAAGUCACCCCCAGUGAAGCCUCUGAGACUGAGAGGCAACAGAGCAUGGGUUGAUUCUCUGCUGCUUGGGCCAAUUGUAGCCUGAUGGUUAACACGCAGAUAACAGGUUCUCCACCAGCUCCACACCAUCCAUAUGUGGAACCAUGUGUUUCAGCAAAUAGAGACCUUUUGAAUGCUGAGGAUAAGUUCACUUACCUUGGCAGUAUCCUUUCUAGGGGCAUCCACAUAGAUAAUGAAUUCGAUGUACAAAUUGCCAGAGCCAGCUCAGUGUUUGGGUGAUUCUGAAGGAAAGUUUAGGAGAAAAGAGGUAUUGGGCUAAAGGUCUGCAGAACCGUUGUCCUGGCCUCAUUAAACCUGAACAGUCUACCCAUGCCAUGCCAGAAAAUUGUACCACUUCCAUUUCAAUUGUCUCUGGAAGAUUCUGAAGAUCACCUGGCAAGAUAAGGUACCAGACACUGAGGUCCUUUCUCAAGCUCUCACCUGUCAAGAAUUCAGACUCUACUAGAGAGUGCAGUAGACUUGUUGCCAGGUUGUUUAAAUACCAGACAUGUGUUUGCUUAUAAGACUAUUUUACAGAGAAUUCACACUGAGCAAGACUUAAUGGAGAUCAGAAGAAGUGAUACAAAGAUACCCUCCAGGUCCCUUCGAAGAACUUUGGUAACAACUGUAAGACACAGGAGACACUGGCACAGAGCUGUCCUUUAGGGUGUGCCCACCUGAAAGAAGGCACUGUUCUCUGGGAGCAAAGCAGAACUGCAGUAGCUCAAAAGAAACAUGAGCGAGACCCAGCUCAAAUGUUCAUAUGGGUUAUUUGUGCCCAACCUAUGGGAGACAGAGACUUCUGAGUUCACAUUGGUCUCAUCAGCCACAGUAGACCACAACACAGCAAUGUCAUUUUGGUCUUCUUUAAGUAUGAAAGACAACCAACCAAUCUUCUUUCUUUCUUUCUUUCUUUCUUUCUUUCUUUCUUUCUUUCUUUCUUUCUUUCUUUCUUUCUUUUUUCUCUUUCUUUCUUUCUUCCUUUCUUUUUUCUUUCUUUACUUCUCUUUCUUUUUUCUUUCUUUUUCUCUUCCCUUUUCUUUCUUUACUUUUUUCUUUCCUUCUCUUUCUUUCUUUCUUUCUUUCUUUCUUAGUAGAUCCAUCCUCAAGGUUCUUGGGAAAUAUCAAAAUCUCCCUAUUAAGCUGUAAUUUUUUUCUGUGUUAGUGCACAGGCAAAGGAACACAUACACACACACACAGAGGCCAAUGUGUAGGGGCGAAUGUUAAAAAAUAUGAUCCCUUCCUUCUCUUCAUAAUUUACAUUUACCACAUGUUUUCUCCUUCAUUCGUCAAUGGAAUUUUGAAAAUAAGAACCUCCCUACAGCAAAUUUUUCACCCCACAAGCUCCCACUCCUCAAAACCCUAAAAGAAAGAAGAGAUAGAGGAUUUUUUGUCUUUUUUUUUCUUUUAAUUUUCUCCAUCCUGAUAGUUUUUAAAUUUGAUUAAAUUGCCUUAAGCCUUGGAUAUAUGGGAAUUGUAAAAAAUAGACUCGAAUAUAGGACUACAAUCCCCAUGAGACUUUGCUCCACUUCUCCAGAAUGCCUUGUAAUCUCACCUGGGCCGAGAUCGAGAAGAUAUUUAAGGAAAGGCUUUUGAAGGGCUCAGCCCUUUUUUGGACUUCCGUUUUUGGAGCAGAGAGGUCUCUUCCAUGAUGUGAGGUUAUUUUGUCUAGGCCUCUGGCCUAGGCACAUGUUUCUUACUUGUAUAUUCUUAAUCUUUAACCUUUAAUAAACCUCUAAAAAAUAUAAUACUCCUUGCAGAGAGAAACUAAUUUCUACCUGCCUCAGUCUCCCCCUCUCCCCUAAAUUUUAAUCUUUACAGUUGGCGAGCCAGCCUGCUCCAAGUGGUGGAAAUAAAGAAAGAGAAGCCUUGUAUCUUCUCUCUCCUAUUGUACCAAGUCACUCUGUCUUUAAACUAACUUUGACUUCAGUAUAUGAUAGACAAAUUCAUACUCCCCCUUCUAUGUUUACAUCUUGCUCAUUUCUAAUUCCCAUGCUAUGUUAGUCAUAGAAUCAUAGACUUGGAAUUUGAUGGGACCUUAGAGACCACCAAAUCCAAUUCCCUCUUUUUUCCAAAGAAGGGCCUUGAGACCAAGAGAGGUUAAAUGACUUGUCCAGAAUCAUACAGCUAGUUAAAUAUCUAAGGAUCUAAACUCAGGAUGGCCUGACUCCAAAGCCAACUAUCUACUGCAACACCUUAGCACAACAAAAUUGCCUUGCCUUGAUUCUCCCUGAAACAAGAUUAGUAAACCUCUGGCUAGCCUUCAAAACCUAGACUGGUUUCCCUCUAUUCUUCCUGUUUCCUACAUGAUAUUUAUUGGUAGGAGAUUGUUUGUAUUGAGAGUUCACUUGGCUGAAAGAGGAAAGCUGUGAAUGAGCUAAUCUCUCCCUGCUGUGUCUUGUAAUAACAAUAAAGCUUCUCCACAUGAUCUAUACCCUAAA